UCUUCGGUGUAAAUCCAGCGGACGAUCGCGUCUCACUCAUUCCCAAGCAGUAUUUCUACGUUUGCUGCUGCUGUCUCGUUUACAAAGGCCGAACGUCACAUUGCUCUUUGUCGCAAUUUUCCAGGUUAAAAAUUGAGAAAAACGAUAGUCUACUGCUUGAAAAUAAAUUAGAUAACGAGUCAACCAAUCCUUCCAUUUUGAGAGUGAAUACUUAGUUGAGGGAUAGAAUUCGACGUAGACUCUUUUGAUUUAUUUUUGAGUAUUUUGUUUAAAAAGCUAAAAUGAAGACUAAAUUUAUCAAUGGGGUUUCCUCUUCCCCCUCCAUGUCGCUGGGUUUGCUGGUAACAGAGAAUGCCUUGCAGGUUCAGCCCGAUGCUCAGGAAGACUGCAAGGAGCUGGUCCGCCCCGAGACUCCAGACCAGGACACACGGUUAAAUGCUUAUCUCUGGUGCAAAGAAUUUCUCAAUGGGGCCUGGAAAACACUUGCAGAGGACGACUUUGAGAUCUCCAUUAUAAGGGGUGGACUGAGUAACAAGCUCUUCCUGUGCAGCCUCCCAGAAAGUGUGGACACUAUUGGGGAUGAGCCAAGGAGCAUCCUGCUGCGCCUUUACGGGGCCAUCCUGCAGAUGUCCUGUAAUAAAGGGGAAUCCCAACAGUCAAACAAAGAGAAUCACUUUCAAGGUGCAGAGGCCAUGGUCCUGGAGAGUGUGAUGUUUGCAAUCCUGGCAGAGAGGGAAUUGGGACCUAAACUCUACGGUAUUUUCCCUCAGGGACGACUGGAGCAAUAUAUGCCUAGCCGUAAGCUGGAAACAUGCGAGCUGAGUGACCCAAGCAUUUCGGCUGAGGUUGCAGAGAAAAUGGCCAAGUUUCAUGGAAUGAGAAUGCCUUUCAACAAGGAGCCCAAAUGGUUGUUUGGAACCAUGGACAAGUAUUUAAGCCAAGUCAUGAGGCUCAACUUUACUCGAGAAUCUCACUUGCGCCGCUUCAACCGCUUGCUUGGCUACAACCUACUACAGGAGAUGGAUUCGCUCAAGUCUCUGCUGGAGUCCACUCACUCCCCAGUGGUGUUUUGCCACAAUGAUUGUCAAGAAGGAAACAUCUUGUUACUUAAUCACCAUCAGUCGGACAAGCAGAAGCUGAUGCUCAUUGACUUUGAGUACAGCAGCUACAAUUACAGGGGCUUUGAUAUUGGUAACCAUUUCUGCGAAUGGAUGUACGACUACAACUGUGACGAGUUUCCUUUCUUCAAAGUGAACGCUCAGGCUUAUCCUUCCAAAGCUCAGCAGCUCCAUUUCAUUGAAAAUUACCUACGUGCGUCUGACCAAGGAUUUGACCACUUAAGUCAAGAGGACCAAAUGAAAAUGAAGGAGGACCUUUACAUGGAGGUUAACAGGUUCUCCCUUGCAUCUCACUUCUUUUGGGGUUUGUGGUCUAUCAUCCAGGCCCGUCUAUCCACCAUCAAGUUUGGAUAUAUGGAGUAUGCCCAGGAGAGAUUUGACGCCUACUUCCAGCAGAAGAAAAUGUGGGCUGUCUAAUCGAGCAAGAAAGUUGGACAAGCUUCCGAGCUGAGCGAGGUCAUACUAUCUGAUACAGAUUCCAUGCUUUACUUACACUCUGCCACAAGAGUAUAUGCUGGCUGCUGUUGGUACCGGCGGUGCCCGAUUUGAAUCACGAGUCUAGGUGCUCCAAAUUCCGCCGCAGCUCAAAAAGUUCAUCUGCUUGCUGACAAAUAAUCUUGUCAGGCCUAUCUCCGCUUCUGCAUUGCUGAGUGAAUCAACUAAUAUACAGUAUGCUACGACUGAAGCAGGUUGAAAAUGGAUUUCAGUUGAAGCUAGACUGGACAUAUUAACAUUGCAUCAAUGUAUAUGUAUUGAUCAUUCUGUGGGAAAGAGCCAAAACGUCAACUUCUUGUGGUAGAUUUCUGCUUACUUAAGCAUCCAACUAUGUAUAUUAUAUAUAAAUCUAAAAGUACCAGUAACCUGGCCUUCUCUGUUACUAAUGAACUGUUUUACUGGUGAGAUUAUCACUUGACAUUAUAUAGUUGGUAAACAUGCAAUUUUAGCUUUUAGGCCAGGGAAAGGGAUUGUGUUGAAUUUUCACGCGUAUGAAUUGUUCUGACUUGAACGCGAUCCGAUUCAAAUCGUCAAUGUGAAACCGUCUUAUGUUCUAUAACGGCGCGCAAAAUCCGACAUGGCUCCUCACACAGCGAGGCACACUUUGUCUAAAUGUGAAUAAUGAAUACGGGAAAAAGCAGUGCCAGUAGUGACAGCUCACCAAAACAACAACAUUCCAUCUUACGCGUUAUGACCUUGAUAACUCGUUGCCUUCUUCUCAAUUGGUAAGUGGAGAGUUGCACGUCAAUAUAAUUCAGAAAAAAAUUGUUUUGAUGCACUGCACAGUAUUUACAGUUGAGAUAUAAAUGAAUUAUGUAUGCCAGUAAAUGAUUUUUCUCAUUUUCAAUACCAGACCAGUAUAGUGUUGAGUGAAGAAGACAAAUUGUAUCUUAUGCCCUUACAUCUGUGCAUUUUUGUUUUGUUUUUGAAUAUGAAAAAAACUAAAAUUAUCGCAAAAUUGUCAAUGCCCAUAAGAGCCGUCAAAGAAAUCAAAACAAAAGUACGCCAUGCUCAGUAGGCAUCUGCUUGACUUCAUAUUUUAUAUUCACUGUCAAAAUGCUUUGUAUUUGAUGUACUGAAAGCUGUGCAAUUACUUUAAAAAGUUGAUGGACUUAGAUCGCUUCACAAAUGCAUUAGAUCACCAUUUAACGUUAUGAAGUGCUUUUAAGAUGAGAAACUGAACGCUUCAGAGAAGUCAGAUAGCAUUCAACCAUUAAAACGAGUUUUCAGUUCAGGAGUUCAAGAGAGUAAUAUUUAUAUAUAGGAUUAAAACGAUCAUUUUAAACUCCUUUAAUUGUGAGCAGCUACUCUAAAAACAUUUGACUCGCAAAGUAUGUAUAGUGACAGAUUGUUUUAGUUGGCAACCCUGCAUUUAUUAAGCUUACAUUGGGUGGUGGUCUAAUAAAUUUGUUUAGCUAUCUAAACAGCAAUCGACAGUUAUGUCUGCCUUGAGGGCCACUCAGUUUGAUUUUGGAAAACCCCAAAAAUGUGACCCUGUGAAGUGUGCCGUUGGUAUUACCUCAUAUUGUUUAUGUUAAGAGUCAUGGUUCUUAGGAUAUGUGAGUUACACAGACAAUAGGGAGAUGAUUCCCAUCGUCAUCUUCUUCUGUGUUCUGCCAGUUGUCCGAUGCUGGAACGAUGGAAAUGUGUUUGAAUGUCCAGUGUAGCACUUUUGAUCUUAAAGGACUGGAGAGAAUUAUUUUUUUUAAGUACUUUAGUGCUGAACUGGGACUCAUUUGAGUAGUUUUGUUUUGCGUGGUUUGUUUUUUUAUUUUACUUGACUAUUAUCCUUCAUUUUGUUUAACUUAUGUAUUAUAUUUGUAGUUUAGUGAUUUGGAGAUGGACCGGGAUGCAUCAGAAAAUUGUCCGUAAGACUAAAAAAAACAUUUGCAAACUAACAAGUGCCACAAACCUUGAACGUCAUUAAGUCAAACUAAUACAACAUGCAAUUAGUCUUCAAUUGGACAAACUCCAAUGAGACCAAACAAUUUACAAGUUCAUGCAAACGUCCUAAUUGCUUCACUGGUUCCUGUGUGUUUUUAAUUUUAGACUGUAUAUAGCUUUGAGUCUUUUUUUUUUUUUUUUUCAAUCAUGCUAAACAUUUCUAUGUUAUGUAAAAAAUAAUAAUGAUUAUAAUAAUCUGUUAUUGCUGCAUCAUUCUGGGCUAACUUGCUCCAAUAGAAAGAGAAUUGAAGUAACACGUUCAGUUACAAUGUUUAAUAACUGAUUAUUAUUCUGGUUGAUAUACUGUACUUGUAAUACACAUUAUGGAUUUGAUCCUUAAUCCUUUAAUCCUUAAUGCAAAAUUGGGAAAUGAAGUUCAGUUACGGCAUUAUGGCAAGCAUGAACCUCACUUGUAUUUCUGCUUUGCACAAAUAAAAAGAAAUGCAAAAACUA